AUGCCUUUUUUCACCGUCUUACCCUGUUUCUUUCAUCAAUGGCGAACCAUUUCCCCAAGAGAUGCUGAAAGUUCUGUCUCCGAAUCUGCCCCUGUGGUGGUUACUAGUGCAGCGUUUGGCAUGGAAGAUCAAUCUGAAGACCUGAUUGAUCUAUCUGCUGGCAACCAAGAGUUGGAAUGUGUUGUCGAACAAGUGCCGAAGCCGGAACGUGAUUGCGGAAUCCGAAAGGAGUGCAACGAAGGUGCGCUGAAGGUUCAGCUUGCUGACCUGAUGAAAGAGAAGGCGAUGGCUGUUUCGGCUAACAAAGAACUGGCAGAAAUCAUCGACGGCAUGAAGCUGGAAGCCAUGGAGGCCAGCACUGCGCGUGAAGAGCUCGCCAGGCAAAACCUCGAGCUACAAAACGAGUUACUGAGGAAGGAAUGUGAUCUGCAGACGAUUGAACAAGAAAUGAAAGAAGUGAUCUUUUCUAAGCAUCACUCUUCAAACAAGGUCGGUCUAAUGCAGAAAGAAAUCCGAAACCUCAAGAUCAAUCAAAAUAACUACAAAGAACGUAACUCUUGCCUGGAAAAGGAACUGGCCGACAAGGAGAGUCAACGCCAACUUGAACAGGCCGAUCAACACGCCCAGAUGGAGCAUGCGAUGGCGCACCAUGCCAGACAGCUGAAUGACAUUGAGUCGGAGAACAAGGUGUUCGUGCAACGGAUGGUUAAACAACACCAGCUCGACAUGGACGAACAACGUGUCCAGUACGAAUCCGCAACGGCUGAGUUGCGCAAAAGACUUGAGAACGAACACCAAGCUCGUCUUCAUUCGGCAUUAGAGAAGGCGGGGGCCCAAUACGCGGCUAACUAUUCCAAGGCCUGUCAGGAGAUUCAAAUGCAAAUGCGAAUCCAGCGUAACACUGCCAAUUCGCAUCGCAUGAAGGCUGAACAACUAGCCACAAAUCUCAGCGAGUGUGAGGGCAAACUUUUGGAGAUGGCGACAGCAAAUCGCCGUCUGGAAGAGGAGCUGCAUAAACAAAAGGAGACCUCAAAUGCUUAUUUCAAAGAACUUAACGCCAAACAUGAUACUAUUGGCCGAAUGCGCGCCUUUCACGCAAAAUUGCUCGAAAACCGUAAUGAGCGUAUUGAGGAAUUGCAACAAAGAGUCAAAGAAUUGGAGGAAGGCCCUGACAAGGACGUAGUCGGACCUGAUUACUACAAACUCUUGGAAGUCGAACGCAACGCUGGAACGAGCGAGAUUAAGUCGGCAUAUUAUGCAAAAUCGCGGAUCCACCAUCCCGACAAGCAUCGAGACUCGCCCGACCAGAAAAAGCACGAGGCCAUUUUUAAAACUAUUAAAUAUGUCUAUGAAGUCUUAUCUAAUAGCUAUACACGCCAAAAAUACAACAAAUGGCUCGACAUGACAUCAGUCCGAUUGGCGCACCAAGAGAAAUAUUGUUAG